AUGUCUAAAGAAGAAAAUUCAAGAAUGACAAGUAGAAGAAUUUCACCGUGGUGCAUUAAAACUUUAAUCGUGGUGUUUAGUAUAGUUGCAAUAGUCAUUGGCGGACCUCCACCUUCACGUGACGAUGAACUCGAAGACUACUGCUCAGCGCACAAGUUCGAUAAAUUGCCGGGUGGUCUCAGAUUCACUAAAGAAGUUGUUACCACCGAGUAUGCUAAUAUAGGAGCAUUUAAAGCAAUACACUGUUGUUUACGUGGUUACAGGAGCAUUGAAUGGUAUAAAGAUGAUCGACCGUACCCUUGGCCAGGGGCAUUCAGUCAUUUUAUUUUGUUCCCCGAGAGUGCCAAUCAAACAAUUUACACACGUGCUGCUAGAAUUUCUGAUGCUGGAAUUUACUCAUGCAGAGCCAGAAAUGACACCGAUACUUUAUCUAGUGAUAUCACUUUAGGAAUUGUUGGAGAAGACUCAAGUGGUUACACGGGAAAGCCAUUACCGACGUAUAAACCAAUAUCUCAGUUAGUACCUCUCGGAGAUGCGGCUCGACUCUUUUGCGAAGCUUACUUAGGCAAAGUUGAUUUACCAGAUGCUAAAAAUUCAGUUACUUGGGCAAAGUCUGGCAGCAAUAUUACUUUUUUAAGUAGCGGAAGAAUAUCCAAGCAUCGUGUAUCGAGAGAAGACGAUCAAAUUGUUGGGGCUUACUUGGAAAUUGAAUCAACGAUAGCAGAGGAUUAUGGCGAAUAUGAAUGCCGAAUCAGCAACGGCGCGGAUGAGGAGAUGACGCUAUCAGCUUACAUUUAUCGUCGAGAACCUCAUUUUGACGUUGGUGCUCGCUCCGGCUCCUGGAGAAAAGCUCUGCUAUUCGCUGUUCUUGGUCUCGUAUUAUUUGUCUCAAUUGGAGCAUUUUUCAUUCGGUGCUGGCUACCAAUGGCUGUCUUUUGUCGCAAUGAAUUUCAGUACAAUGAAGAGAACGAUGGUACGGAAUUCGAUGCAUUAGUGUGUUAUCACGAAAAAGACGCAGCACUCGCGGUCAACACAUUAAUACCCACUUUAAAGACAAAACACCAUUACAAAUGUACAACACUUGAAUUAACCCACAUAACUCGGAAUUUGGAAAUCGGAGCAAAUGCAUCGUCUUCUCGCAGAGUAAUCGUAAUAUUAAGUCCAAAUGCUCUUCAAAAUGAAUGGACAGACACAACUGUAACUCAAGCACUGAAACAGCUGUCUCUAAUAUCAAACCAAGUUAUAGUAAUUAUUUUAAAUGAACUAUCCAACGUCGCGACUUUUGCAAAGUCUACUGGACACUGUAUUGAUGCCGCUUGUGCAGACGGAAUUGUCCUUGAUAAAAUGACUAUACUGAGAUGGAAAGUUGAUUCCGAAAACGAUACCGGCAGCUACAAAUUCUGGUGCAGACUCAGAUUGGCGUUACCUCCCGUGAGAUCUGUAUCUAAACAAUCGUCUGCAGACUUUCAAUCGCGGUGUCAAUCUGUUGCUAUGAUCGUACAAAACAAUACUAAAUCGACACCGCAAAAGACUCAAUCGCGUGAAAGCUUAGAGGUGCUCGUUAUUAUGAUACUUUUGUAA